GCCUCUGCUAAAGAAAACACCCAAGGAGGAGGAGGAGGAUGGCGACCCCUUCACCUCCAACCCUGAGAGCCACUACCGCCGGUGGGCCACCCUGGAGUGCCUGCUGGGUCUGGCACCCUUUGGCCAUGCCCGCCACCCCCCACCCAAAGACGAGGAUGGGGACGGUGGCCGGGCGCGGCGGCGAUCGGAAGAUUUCGGGCUGUUGCGGCGGCUGCCAGGUCGGUGCAAGGCCAGCGUGGAGGCGCUGGCGGAGAGGCUGGUCCCCAAGCACAGCUCGCUGCUGUGGCUGGCCUUGGGGACACGAAGAUGGUGGGGGAUCCGCAGGUGAGCACCCGCCAACGGUGGAGAGCGAGGAGGCAUCCAAUGGGGACCAGGAUGGCAGGGGACAGCGGCAGGAGGGGCGCGGGAAGGCCAGGGAGUCACUCUUGGUGCUGGAGAUACUGGAGCUGAUCCAGCGGCAGGAGCUGGUGGCAGCCGAUGAGCAGAUCAUCGCGCUGGAGGCAGAGUGCACGGCCUCGUCCCCAUCCCCUGUCCCCACGGCCGGGCGGCAAGUGCGGGACAUGGCGCUGCUCUAUGAGGCGCUGCUGGCGCACCUCUGGUUGGUGGUGGGCGAAGCGGUGCCCGCCGGGCGCCCCUACCCUCCCUUGCACUCAGUGAUCUGGGUGCUGGAGCAGGAGGAGGCGGCUGAUCGCCGGCACCCACCAGGCACCCUGGGGCGCCCGCGCGCCCUGCAGCGCCGCUGGCAGGAGGCGGUGGGACGGGCGGCGGGCAAGAGGUUGGCACAGGUGGCACCUGCCGCCGGGUUGGGUGCCCGGUUGGCAGCGCUGGCAGCUCGGUUGGUGGGCGAUCUGGGUGCUGUGCGGUGCCAUGUGGCACCUGCUUACCCCCCCCCCCCCGAGUACGGCGCCUUCAGGGUCUACGCCCGUGGGUACCACCGGGCACUGGCGCAACAGCUGGGCGCGCUGGCGCAGAGACCCCUCGCCGUGCCCGACCUCUACCUGCUACUUGACUGGCACAGCAAUGCCUACCCCAGGACUGUCCCCUGGGCAGUGGUGGGUGCUGGGCACCCCAGUGCCACCCUGGGCGAAGGUGGAGGUGGCAGUGGCGCAGGAGCUGCAGCUCAGCGAGGACACAUGGGCAGAGGAGGCCUCCAGCCAGGAGCUGCAGGAGGACUGGCCACCCGCGUCACUGGGCUGCUGCGGGCACACGUGGACCGAGCCCCCCAGAUCACCCCCGAGUUUGGCAUGGAGAUGGCACACAGCCUCCUGGGCGUGCUGGUGGCCUUCUUGCACAGUUUCCAGCGGAAGGUGGAGUGGUUCCUAGAGGCCCCCAGAGAAGCCACCCCACCGGACGGUGCCACCAGCCCGGCCAUCGCCCUGGUCAACUGCUGUCCUCCCUUCAGGACUUUUGCCGAGCACCUGGCACAGUUUGGGCACCCAGAGAGUGAGGAGCCCCGAUGCCAGGCCCAUGCCACCCUGGACAAGGUGACCCGGCUCUGCAACCACGUCCUCACCCAACACCUCUUUGAGGACCUCAAGCCCUACUUCAACAAGCUGAUGAAGCACAAGUGGCUGACAAGCUCUGAUGCUUUCGACACCAUCGUGAUGCUCAUCACCAGCUUCACCCAGAAGCUGCGUCCGCUGCGGCCUGAGCCCUACCAGGUGCUGGUGAGCGAGGUGCACCGGCGGGUGCUCAUCGAGUAUGUGCGGCCGCUGCUGCAGGUGUGCUUGGUCUGCACCUUGGCCAAGAUGCGCGCCCGGGUGGCUGCCCGCCUCGGGAACGAAGCUCACCAGCUCCGCGAGCUCUUCAGCCGCUUGGAUUCAGCCUCACCCUGGCUGGAUUCGGUGGUGCCAAGGUUGAGGGAACUGCUGGUGCUGGAGGACAUGGCGGCGCUGCAGAUGGAGGUGGGUGUCCUGGUGAGGGACUUCCCCGACGUCCGGCAGAAGCACGUGGUGGUGGUGCUGGAUGUGCGGGGGCUGCAGGGCCAGGCGGCGCGGCAGGAGAUCCUGGGGGUGGUACAGGACCUGGAGCAGAGCAAGGCCGAGCUGGGGCUGCCGUACCAAUGCGCCUUCUUCUCCGAGCUGGCCGUGGCCUGCGAGGUGCGAUGCCUGCCCUUCCACCUGCCGCGCCUGGCGCAUCUCUCCCACCUGCGCCUGUGUCGCCUGCACCUGCGUCGCCUGCACCCUCAGCGCCCUGGCCAGGCACAGCUCUGAGCGCCCACGACCACAGGUGGGUGCAGUGAGGCACCCCCGGAGCUGGGUGCUCACCUCCCACAUCGCCCUGGCCAUGCUCGGA